CCUCCUCCGGGGGGAGAGAAGCGCUCCGCAGGGCUUGUUGGAGAGCUUUACUUUCUCCCCUCUUUCGGAUCCUUUUCGUUUGGUCACAUGCGAUGUCACGCAGCGUGAAAAGAAGGAAGAAAUGUUCCCGUCUGGCGUCGCGGCGUGCGUGUGAAGGUGUCUGCUGAGUUUAUGUUCUUUAAAACCGGUUUGAGUAACUGGCGACGGGACUCUGUAAUCAAUGUGGUGUCAACUGGAAGGACGCGGGGUCCGGAUCUCACCUAAACGCUGAUACGUCUUGGGAGUGAUGCACUGGCUUCCCCUGGUUGCCAUGGUGAUUGCCUCGGCCCUGCCAUUCCCCCACGACCCCGUGUCCAGGAUCGCCGGCGCGACGACGGAGCCCGGCUUUGACGACCCGGCCGCUCGCCUCGCCGCGGACCACGACUUCCACGGAAAUGCCUCGCAGGCGGACCACAGCUUGGGCGCCGCGCUCGGCCGUCACGCCAACAGACAGAACCUCCGGAACCGCAGGGAGCGCGUGAAGACCUCCGCGGACGAAGAGGCGUCAAGGGCGGAGCGUCGAGGAACCCACCGAUCGAAUAGCAACUCGGGCGGCGGCGGUGGCGGCGUGGACGUUCCCACGGAAGGAGGGACGCUCGGGGGGCUUGAGCAUAUUUCCAGGGAGAAUCCUCCACCGAAGGACUUCGAAGCCGACAGGCGGGACUCCUCCAGGUUUGUGGACGCGGAGGACCCCCAUCGGGACUCCUCCAGGUUUGUGGACGCGGAGGACCCCCAUCGGGACUCCUCCAGGUUUGUGGACGCGGAGGACCCCCAUCGGGACUCCUCCAGGUUUGUGGACACGGAGGACCCCCAUCGGGAAUCCUUCAGGUUUGUGGACAUGGAGGACCCCCAUCGGGACCCCGCAGAAAGACUGCUGCCGGUUUCUGCGGUGGAAGCCCAGAUUGCCGUCGGUCCUGCCGCUAGUCUGAAGGGUCAAAGAGGACCGUGUCCCACGGUUCCCUCGGAGAAGCUGAGAGAUGCACCGAGGAUCGGGACCGGAAGCACGUGGACCCCGGGGCCGACCGAGGAGGCGGGGCUUGGCACGGGGCUGGACGAGAUGUUUCUGGACGCACAUCCACGAGUCCUGUUCUCGCCCUCGCCGUCGCCCCCGGAGCACCCGCCCCUCCUGCUCAUGUUGGAGACCGGCCUGCUGGAGGAGGACAGGGACGCGGAGGAGCAGGAGGACAUGCACAUCGAGGGUCACGGGGACCGGGCGAUCGACAGGACCCUGAGCUGGGCGGACUCUUCGGCCGCCACCGGGGUCGCCCGUCUCGCCAAAAGGGACAAGCGCUCGCACUUGGUCGACAGGAGGAGGGGGGAAAAGUCGGUGUGCGAGUCGGAGAGCGUCUGGGUCACCGACAAGAAGACAGCCAUCGACUCCCACGGUCAGAAGGUCACCAUCCUGCAGGAGAUCCAGACCCAGACGGGACCACUCAAACAGUACUUCUACGAGACUCGCUGUCGCGAGGCCGAGCAGCUCGUCAACGCCGGCCGCUCGAGGGGCGGCGGCGCGGCGGCGCACCCCCCGAGAUCCGUCGGGACGGGCGUGGCUGGGGCCGGCUGCUUGGGCGUGGACAAGAAGCAGUGGGUGAGCGAGUGCAAGGUCAAGCAGUCGUACGUCCGGGCGCUCACCAAGGACGCCAACAACCGGACGGGGUGGAGGUGGAUCCGCAUCGACUCGUCCUGCGUCUGCGUGCUGCUGUCCAGAGCCAAUCAGGCGGCGGGGAGGGAGGUCCUGACCAGGAAGGGGAGAGGCUGAGGGUGGGGGGGGGGGAGUAGAAAGUGACACAAACCAGAGCAGCUGAGACAUCCUUCUGUGUGCACUUCCUUUAACGUGAUGGAUUUGGUUAUUUCUCUCUCUCUCUCUCCCUCUCUCUCGCCCAUCCCUCCCUCCCACCACAUCUUCAAAUGACUUUUGAAAAAAACAAGAAGACCUCAAUAUUAGAUCUUAGGGAAAAUUGUCAUAUAUAGAGAUUUUUACUGUUUUGGUAUGAUUUUAUCUUUCAUAAUCUUAAGUUAUUGUUUUGAUUAGUAUGUAAGCAUGUGUAUG